AACUAUUUAUUCUUAAUAAUGUGAAGAAAAUACAAAAAUAUGAAGAAAAAAUCAUAACUUCUAAUUAUUUUAGUAACACCUAUAUCAUGUUAGCCAUUAUUGCUAAAGAGGAGCAAGAGGAGGAGGAGGAGGAAGAAUAUUUUAUUAUAGUCUUUACUGACCAUAAUACAAACAGAAAAGACUUUACAACUUGGUGGUAUGCAUUAACACCUGCCCCCAAGUCCCGCUGUGCUUUACUUUAGAGACAACAACAAAGACAUCAUUUCAUAUUGAUUGAGAGAAGGCAAUGGUAAACCACUUCUGUAUUUGAUCAAGAAAGCCAUGUGGAUAGACAAUAUAAAGUGAUUGACAACAAAGUGCUCGAUGAUGGGCCCCUCAGAAUGGAUGGCAUUCAACAUCCUACUGAGUGAGAGCUGAGGAUCCUUUGAAAUACUAAUGUUGUUUAUGAUGUGGCUAGGUUAAAGUCUUUGGGAUGUCUAGUUGCCAAUGUUGCCAUGGAGGAAAAUAAAAUCCGAAGCUGCAAAGAUAGAAUUACAGUGGGAAUAUGAAACAUAAGAAGCAUGAACACAGGAAAGCUCAACACAGUGAAAGACGAAAUGGAUCAAAUAUAUAUUGAUAUCUUAGGCAUCAGUGAAUUGAAAUGGAUUGCAAUUGGACACUUUCAGUCAGAAUAUCACACUGUUUACUACUCAAGACAUGAACAACAAAGAAGGAACAGUGUUGUUUUCAUAAUCAGGAGUGAUAUAGUAAGGACAGCACUUGGUACAAUGCACUCAAUGACUGAAUAAUAUCAAUUAGACUUCAUGGACAACCCUUUAAUAUGACAAUUAUCCACGUUUAUACUCAAACCACUGAUGCAGAAAAAGAGGAAGUUAAUUAAUUUUAUGGUCAAGUUCAAUUUGGAAUUGACAGAAGAUGCAAGCAAAAGGUGUUUCUUGUGGCUGGAGACUGGAAUGCCAAAGUUGGAAAUAAUAAGGAGGAAAAUGUAAUUGGACUGUAUGGCCGAGGAAAUUGAAAUAAAGCAAGAGAAUGAUCUAUUAAUUUCUACCAAUCCAAUGUUUACUUCAUUGCUAACACAGUUUUCAAACAACCAAAACAAUCUCUAUAUACAUGGACAUCUGUGGUGGAUCUCGGUGCUGCCGCUAGCUCGCAGGAAGGAGGGAGCGCAUUCCAGGGAGAUAAGAGAACUCUCAAUAGUCUGGGGGCUGUUGGUGGGAAAGCAAAGGGACUCAAGGUGGCCCCCUCCUAGAGUCUCUCAGGUUAUUUGUGCUUGGGUUAGUUAGAGUAGCUUUAGUCUGGCAAGAUUCUGUCUAUAUGGUGAGAACAAUAAAGAACUAGAGUUGGAAGACACUGACUCAGCGUGGUUCUUGGCCUGGUUCUGACAACAUCUCUCCAUGUGGUUUGUAUAUUUUAAAUUUUUAUAGCGUUUUCAUUUUUAAUAAUGACUUUUUAUAUUUUUAUAAUGAUUGUUUUUAUAUAUUUGUUGUUUUAUUGAUUGUUGUAUACCAACCAGAGUCAUUUUUUGUAAGAUGGGUGGCCAUAUAAUUGUGAUUAAUAAAUAACUAAAUAAAUCAUCAGAGGUAGUACAGAGAAAUCAAACUGACUAUAUUAUUAGAAGAAGGAGGUGGAAGAGCUCAAUUAUAACAGCAAAGAUGUGACCAGAGAUUGACCUUGGAACAGAUCACAAAUUGCUCAUGUGCAAGUUCCAAGUUAAGCUAAAGUGGGAGAAGAAAACCAGCCAGUUUCCAUGAUACGAUCUUGAGCAUAUACCUACCAUUUGCAAGGAGAACAUCAGGAAUAACUUUGAAAUCCUGAACUUCAUGGAGAGGGAACCAGAUGAACUGUGAAAUUAAGUCAAAUAAGUUUUUAAGUAUGAAUGUGAAAAGAAGCUGACAAAAACCAAGAAACAGAAGAAAGCAGACUAGAUAUCAGAACAAAUGGUAGAAAUUGCCAAGAAGAGAAGAGAAGCCAAGAAAGACAAAGAUAUCAGGACAGAACUUAAGAAAGAAUCUUAGAGAACCAUUAGAAGCUGUCAGAAGAGACAAGAAGCAGUAUGCGUUUCAUUGAUUAUAAAAAGGCCUUCAAUUGUUUUAAUCAUGUCAAGCUGUGGAACGUGCUUGGAAGAAUGUGAAUCCCAGGAUAUCUCAUUGCCCUCAUGCAAAACCUUUACACAGGUCAGCAAGUCACCAUCCAGAUGGAACAUAGUGACACAGAAUAGUUCCAGGCUGGCAAAGGAGUGAAACUCUCCCCUUCUUUAUUCAAUCUCUAUGAUGAAUGUAUACUGAGGGAAGUUAGAUUGGAAGAAGAUGGGCCUGGUUUUGACACUGGAGGAAAAACAUCCGUAACCUACACCAUGCUGUUGGCCCUACUCUAACAGCUGAAAAUGCAAAUGAUCUGCAGGCACUAAUAAUGAAAAUCAAAGAACACAGUGAAAAAAAUGGGACUAAAAUUAAAUAUAAAGAAGAUCAAACUAAUGACAACAGGUAGAGCAACCAGCCUUAGAAUUGGCAAUAAAGCUAUAGAAGUGGUAGACAGCUGCUGCCUUUCAGGAUUAUCAACAAAGAAGGAACCAGCAGUCAAGAAAUAUGCUGCAAGCUAGCACUUGGUAGACUAGCAAUGAAGGCCUUGGGAAAAGAUAUUCAGAUGCCAUGAUGUGUCUAUCCCUACAAAGAUAACAGCAGUGCAGGCAAUGGUUUUCCUUUGUGACACUAUGGAAGCUAAAGUAGGAGUUUGAAUAAGCAGGAAAAAAAGGGUAUUGACACUUUUGGUGUUGGAGAAGUCUCCUGGGACUACCAUGGACAGCCAAGAAAGCAAAGGAUGGAUCAGAGUUUUCACUAAAGGCACAAAUGACCAGGCUCACAUUAUCAUACCUUGGUCACAUUAUGUGAAGACUUAGCUCUUUUUGGAAGGAAAGAAGAUAAUUAGCAGCAAUGUGGGUGGACUCAGUUACAGCGGUGGUAGGUACACCACUGGAAGACUUGAAGGACUAGGAUGGGGACUGAGCAUUCUAGAGAAAAUCUAUAUCUGUUGCUGCUAAGAGCUGACACCAGCUUGAUAACACACAAUCAUUCAAUCAAUCACACUAAUUGCAUUAUUAUUAUUAUUAUUAUUAUUAAAAUGUAAUUAAAAUUAUGUAAAUAAUAUUAAAAACCAUAAUACAUGUUAGUACUUAUUAGUAAUAAUAUGAUGUACCUAACACUUCUGACAUCAGUUGAAAAUGUCUCCUUCCCUGCAGACUCACAAGGAAAGAAGCAAGAGGAACUGGGUAGGAAAAGUAAUACAAGCACUGGAGCAACAGUUCUUCCAUUGGCUGGUGGAAAAGAGGGGUACUCCCCACCCCUCACUGCACCAUUUUCAGGGAACAGAAAAUGCUGUCUCUGAAGGGCUGCAGUCUUCUGACUGGUGGCAGAAACGGAGUGUGUUCCCCUCUAUUUCUGUUGUUCCAGAGCAACUGGCAACUGGAGCCAGUGUUUCUCUCUGUGUGCUUUUUCUUGGUAAUGGAAAGGGGCAAACUGACUUCCACCUUGCCGUUUUGUUAUUUUUUGGAAGGUGUUAGUCCACUGUUAGUCCAGAUGGUAAAUGUAGAUCAGAUGGACUGCAUAUUAAAUGCUCUUUUCUAGGUUUCAGGUUAGCCCCCUUGUUUGCCAUUGCACUUCCAGAGCACCUUCUACAGAGGGCUUCUUUCUUUAGAUUCCAGAUUAUGAGAUUUUAUUUGCCAAACAUUUUAAUGAAUAGCUGAACCGGCUCAUGAAGUGUGGUUUGUUGUCUGGGUUAUUGCUGCAUUAAAUCUGUCAAACUAAUCUCAUCGUCAUAAAUCCAAAUACGAAAAGCUGGCUCACCAAGAAACAGUGUCUGGAGCAUUCAGACAGAGCCAAAGUCAGGACCGGGGAAUGGUUUGUAGCGUGGAAGAUCUUGAGCUUGGGAAGGAAGGCCAACCCAAAGUAAUGUGGUUCCAGAAACAUUGCUGGAACCAGGUGGUUUCUUAAAUUCUAGACGUUUUUGAGCCUACCUGUCCUGACUAAGCAAGAUCCACGCCGAGACGAGGAAGAAGUCUCUAGUGCUUUAUUAUUGCUAUAGUAGACAGAAAAUCCUACCAAACUGAAGAAGCGUGGGAAAACCCAGACAGAUAAACCCCCAAGAGUCAAGGCGGGUCUGUUCUGUGUCUCUUUGAAUGACAGCUCAAACUCUCUAAACUACACAUGUGUUUUCGCCCCUGGAUAGUGGCCCCCUCCUGCUCACCAUCAGUACUCAUGACACUACCUGAGCACAGCUGGUCUUGGUCAGACCGGGUUUCCCUCAGCAGGUUACUCCUGAGUGGCCAUGCUUAACUUAUCUGUUUUUCAGAAGAAGCAGAAGGUUAGGGGAUGCAUCAGGAUUAGGUUGAGAGCCAGUUUGGUCUAGUGGUUAAGGUUCUGGGCUAGCAACCAGGAGUCUGUGAGUUCUAGUUCUGCCUCUAGUUCUGCAUGAAAGCCGGCUGGGUGACCUUGGGCCAGUCACUUUCUCUCAGCCCAACUCGGUGAAAUGUAGACUAGCCUCCUUGUGGUGCACUGCAGGCAACAUGACUUGUCACGGCUAAAUAGUCUACACAUCUGGCUGCUGGACCUCACAAGGAUUUCCCAGCAAGAAAAGCAGCAUGAACACCAAACUGCUAUGCCAUACGAUAAAAAAAAAAGAUUAGGUUGGGUGCAGGGCAGGGAGAGUAGGUGCAUUGAUGAUUUGGCAUGGACUUUAGGGCCUGAAAAUACUGCUUCUGAAUUCUGUGAUUACCACUUCUCAUCUGAAGAGUACUUUUGAGACAAAACCAUGAGGACAUUUUUUAAACAUUUGAUUUGAUAGGCAUUUAUUUACUGUUUAUUUGUCAUUUUAAUGUUUUUGACUAACCCUAUCUAUGAUUCCUUGUGUUAGGAAAAUAGCUAGUCCAUCUGUGAGAAGUUUGUUUCCUCAGAAGGAGUUUUCUCUUAAAGGUUAUGAAUGAGAUUGGAGGAUGAAAUGUGAAAGGCAAAUACAAUUCCCAGGAGAUACGUUUCCGCAUGGAUGACGAAAUAGCAGUUGUUGGAACAGAAAAGGGAGAGAAAGAGCUGUAAUUUAAAUACUGGAAGCUUAACCAGAAAGAAGUAACUGCUGAAGUGCAACAUGAAAACUGAAUUUUCUUUGGUCUUCUUUGGACUGAUUGCUGAAAUGUACUUAUCGAAUGGAAUUGUUGAAAAUUCAGGGGUGGAGGUACCACAGAGUUUAGUGACAAAUCUCUUCCCUUUCAAUGAUUCUGAUAAACAAUAUCCACGUGAUACUACUCAAGAGCCAUCUAGAGAAGGCCCCUCACCAUCAGUCUCUUUGCACAAUUUCACAGAAAAGAUUAACAACUUUGGAUUCAAUCUCUACAGGAAAAUAGCACUGAAGCAUGACAACAAUAUCUUCUUCUCCCCACUAUCACUAUCCUUUGCUCUAGCAAUAUUCUUGCUGGCUUCAGAAGGGGAAACACACCUCCAAAUAAGUCAAUCUCUAAACCUAACAUUCAUGAAAGAAAAAGAUGAACAGUUUCUGACUUUGUUCCAACAACUAAGGCUUAACAUCACCCAAAAUGAAGAGUUCACUUUUUUGCAGAAUAGUGUCUCUUUCAUCCAGGAAGAUUUUCAGAUCAAGGAUGUUUUCCAUAACUUAUCCAAGCAAUACUUUGACAUGGAAUUUCUGUCAGUUGAUUUCCGCAACUCUACUCUUGCCAAAAAAAUUGUCAAUGAGCACAUUAAAAAGAAAACAAGAGGGAAAAUCCCCGUAUUGUUUCAUGCUUUUGAUCAGCAUGCUAAAAUGAUUCUGGUGAAUUACAUACUAUUUCGAGGCAAAUGGCUACAUCCAUUUUCCACUAAGCUUACCCAGCUGGAAACUUUCUAUAUAGACAAUUACAGGACUGUCCAAGUGCCAAUGAUGUUCAAGACAGACAGGAUUGCCUUCACAUUCGAUAAGACCUUACAGUGUUAUGUGUUAAAGCUGCCGUACAAAGGAAGUGUGCAGAUGCUGAUUGUUAUGCCUGUGAAGGAAGCUGAUUAUAUGUUCGUUGAAGACCAACUAACAAAUGAACUUGUGGAAUCUUGGUUUAAGACCAUGACGAUCAGGAAAAUGGAUAUUUACCUUCCCAGCUUCAAACUAGAUCAGACAUAUCACAUGGAUGAGUUGCUUCAGGAUUUGGGAGUUAAAGAACUUUUCUCUUACAAAGCAGACCUGAGGCAUCUCACAAAUCAGAGAUUUGUAAAAAUAUCACAGAUUCUUCAAAGGGCAAGCAUUGAGGUGGAUGAGAAAGGAACAGAAGCUGCAGCUGUCAGUGGAUCAGAAAUCAUGGCAUACUCAUUGCCUGAUACUAUUCGGAUAAAUCACCCAUUCCUUUUUAUGAUAUACGAAGAAAAUACAAAAAUUUUAUUGUUUGUGGGCAGAGUUACUAACCCUACAGAACUGUGAAAAAAAAGCAGUAAUUUCUUUUU